AUGCUGACGAAUCGUAGUCGGGCGUACCUGGCUUCGGACCUCACGGGGGAGGUUAAACCCCAAACCGAUUCCGCUACCAUCGAGGAAGGGCCGCGAACACCCAGCCAGGGUGCUCCGGCUCCGAUGGGAACGGAAGGGGCUGCUAAGACCAGCACCCCACUAGACACCAAGAACUACAACCCACACAACAGCGGAACCCAGCCGCGUAACAGCAAGGCAGCCACUGUUACGCAUCAGCAGCGCAAGGCCAAGGUCAGCCGGGGUCGCUUUAUUCUCGGCAAGAUAUCCAAGAAUGAGGCAGAGGGCAAGACUGACCAGCGCGAUGCGGAGGACAAGACUCGAUGCCUUGCGGAGAUCGCAGACUUCGAAGAAUACAUGAGGACGCGCCCGGAGGCCACUGAAACCAACACAAAGAGGGACCGCUCGCACGAGGCAAGCGUCAGCGACGUAGCCAGAGACAGCCUCGCGAUGGCACUGGUGGACGACCUGCACGACGACGGACGCCUGCUGUCGGAGAAGUGGGAGGAGAUCGAGGUCAAGGUGGCCGACAUGAUAGCAGAAAGGCUAUCAGCCGUGCCAGAUGGUCCGAUCCCCUCCUUCGACUCGUCGGACAUGGUCAGGGGGCACCGGGUGAUCAAGUGCGAUGACUCGUUCUCAAGGACCUUCCUGGCGGAAUGCAUAGCCAAGAUUGGAGAUGCAUGGGACGGCCUUAGUAUUAGGCUCGUCCACGCCAAAGAGAUUCCAAGGAGGCCGCGGGCUCGCAUUUGGUUGCCAAAGGAGCAGACUGACCAAGGAAAGGUGCUGUCGCUGCUGAGGGCUCAGAACCCAGAAGUGCACACAGAGGACUGGGCGAUACUUAAAGAAGAGAAGGAGAUGAAGACGAGCCAGCCGUUCCUCUUCCUUAUCAACCAGCGCUGCCUGCCGCAGCUUGAGAAGGCCGACUACACCAUCCGGUACGGUUUACGGAAGGCCAAGAUCAAGGUCUUUCUGGCAGAGCCGGAUGAUGUUCUCGAGGAGGUCGAUGACACCAACAAGCUGUUGGAUGACCUGGUCAUCGACGACAAGACCCCAGACCACACCGGAUCUAGCAGUUGCCAGGUUCGUGGCGGCGGAGGGGUCAUCGAUGGUGAUAGCCUCAUCCUACAUGGCCCAUGA